CGAGAAUAUUUCAAAUUUACAAGAUAAACAAUGCAAUUCUCAAAGUACAUUAAUGAUCAAAUGUAUAUUACCAAUAUUAAUGGUGGCCUGACCUCAGGUGAAAGCGGAUGUAGUUUUGUUACAUCCAACUUGCUCAAGUCUUGUUCCAUCAGCCCUUUUCGUGCCAUUCUCAACCACCUGAACAAUUGUCACCUCAUUACUAAGGGUAAGGCUAAGUUAUGAAAAACACGGCUACAUCCAUUAAAAUUGUUUCCUCCAGCUUAAGCCUUUUACCAAUAUCCAGAUUACAAACUUCAGUAAAUUGUCGGGCGGUGAUGAGAGUGAGACGCGGUGGAGAGGAGGUGACGCCGGUAGACAGUGAAACGGUGAGAGAAGUCGGAGAUGCAUGAUUACGAGUAUUUUUAAUUGAAAAUUCUGUGCUCCAUAUUUGUUUUUUUUUGUUACUCCGUUUAAAAUAAAUGUGACAAGGGAUUUUGGAGAGAAUCAUAUACAGUAUAAUUUUUUUCUAUUAAAUCAAUCUAGUAUUAUCUCCAUUCAUAAGCAAAUUUCGUUCUUUUCUCCCGUUUCCCUCUCUUCCCCUUCUCUUCAAACUCCUUGAUCCUUCGUCUUCAAGCUCAGACGCUCUCUCAGCUAUGGAUUCCGACUCCGACUCCGACUUGGACUCCGACUUUGAAUCCGACUUCAGUGACUCCAUCUCAGCCAAAACCAAGAGAGGAGGGAAAAAGAAAACCAACAAAGUAGAGAAAAAGCAAAUCAACAGAAGAGCGAGAAAAACUAAAGCAACACCUGAACCUUCUUUCAAUCACUCGACUACUACUCAAACUACGACUACCACUACUACCGACGAUAAUUCGGAAAUCAAAGUUUCGAUGUUUGAUUAUUCAAUUGAGAAUCAUUUUAGGUUUAUUGAUUCAAUCAACAAGCUUUGCGGUCGAGGUCAAAAUUCUAGUUUCAUUGAUGCCGAAGUUCAACGCCUAGCAUCUACAAUUACUUACCUCAGUGAAUGGAGGUAUUUCAAUUACAAACCAAAAACUAUUCGGUUUGAUUCUGAAAUAGGACAUCCCGAUGGCGAUAAAGCUCGUAAUGAUAUAACUUUAUCUCAAUUCUCAGCUGCUAUGGUGCCAAAGUGUGAUACGGAGGCGGAGAAAGUUCCUGGUGCUGUGUUGUCUACUGAUUCCAGGAAAGACUUUGUAUUAUAUGUUGGUGGACUAGUUUGGUCGUUGGAUUGGUGUCCUAGGACUGAUCAAGGAAUAGAAUCUGGUGUAAAAUGUGAGUUUCUUGCUGUUGCUGCCCAUCCUCCUGAUUCAACAUAUCACAAGCUAGGAGAUCCCCUUAAUGGACGAGGGAUGAUUCAGAUUUGGUGUCUAUUAAACUCUACAGAAAAGGAAGCUAUGCAGGCUUCUGUAGGGAGCAUAAAACGGAAAUAUCAAACGAAUAAAGCUGCAAAAAAGGGAGAGAGUAAUGUCAGCAAACCUGUAAGGCCUAGAGGAAGACCUAAAAAGAAUCCAAUAGAGAAACCUGCCACUGAUCCUGAAAUGCAGAUCAGUAAAGAUCUUGUUGUGCAGCUUCCAGAAAAUACCAUGCUGAGUACUCACUCCUCCCAGGACAUAUCAACUCCCAUUAGUCGAUCAAAAGAAAAACAUCAAAAUGUUAUGGUUUCAAAGGAAGAAAAUAAACAAAAGAAACCCAGAGGAAAGGCUAGAAAAAAUCCAAUAAGUAGUUCUUCAAUUGAAGAUUCUGAAGGCCAGUUUAUUCCAGCUCUGGCUGUUCAGCUUCCAGAGCAUUCAUUAAAUGUGCCUCCUGUGGAUGAAUAUAUAGUCAAUGACCCUUCUGCAAAAAAAGUAAAGAAAAGAAAAAGGAAAGAUGUUCAUAAUGAUAUUAUUACAAUGAAUGAAAUUGCUGGAAUAUCCAAUUCUGAAGGGCCGUCUUUUCAAGUUCUUGCCACUGAAAUUCCAGAAAGUAUGAAGAAUAUAUCCCCAACUGAAGAUAGCUUAUUGAAUACUUCAGGGCCUCUUGAAGAAACUGGUAAAAGGCGUACCAGUAAAAGAGUACUUGGAACUGAUCUGGAUUGCACUCUUGCAGUGUUGAGGAGAAGGUCUAGAAACAAGUCAAAAACAUGUAAUAACUUAGAUCAUGACAACAUUGGGUUGCCAACAGAAAAUUUGGGCGAAGGACCUUCUUUAGCAAGUAUAGAAGAAAACCUCUGUCAAAAAGACAAUAUGGUAUCGAAAGAACAUGUCGUGGGUGACAGUUGUCUUGGUUCUGGUGACAGUCAUGUCCUAAAGGAUGAUGUUCUUCCUAGAGUUGUCUUGUGCCUGGGUCAUGAUGGAAAAGUUGCAUGGGACGUGAAAUGGCGGCCCCCUAAUGCUGAUGAGUCUGUUAAUGAGCAUAGGAUGGGCUAUCUUGCUGUUGUUCUUGGGAAUGGAUCUGUGGAAGUGUGGGAAAUUCCUUCUCCUCAAGUAAUUAAUCGUAUUUAUGCAUCUCGACAUGCAAAAGGCAUAGAUCCUCGAGAUCCUCGUUUUGCUAAAUUGAAGCCAGUAUUUCGAUGCUCCGUAUUGAAGUAUGAUGAUAGACAGAGUAUGCCUCUGACUGUGGAAUGGUCGGCUUCCCCUCCACACGAUUUUUUAUUGGCUGGAUGUCAUGAUGGAGUGGUUGCUCUGUGGAAGUUUUCUGUAGAUGUUCAGUCUGAAGAUGCCAGACCUCUGUUGUGCUUUAGUGCAGAGACAAGUCCUAUUAGAGCCCUUUCUUGGGCCCCGUUUGAAGGUGACCCAGAGAGCUCAAAUAUUAUUGUCACUGCUGGGCAUGGAGGGCUGAAGUUUUGGGAUUUGCGUGAUCCAUUCCGGCCUUUGUGGGAUGCAAAUCCUUCUCAACGUUUCAUAUAUGGUCUUGAUUGGGUGCCUGAUCCAAGAUGUGUACUUGUAUCCUAUGAUGAUGGAACACUACGGAUGCUUAGUAUAUCACGAGCUGCAUAUGAUGUUCCUGUUACUGGACAGCCUUUUAGUGGAACGCAGCAACAAGGAUUGCACAGUUAUCAUUGCUCAGCAUUUGCCGUUUGGAACAUUCAUGUGUCACGACUAACAGGGAUGGUUGCAUAUUGCUGUGCAGAUGGAACUGUACUCUAUUUUCAGCUAACACAUAAAGCAGUGGACAAAGAUCCAUUGAGAAAUCGGGCCCCACAUUUUAUCUGCAGUUCAUUUUCAAGUGAAGAAUCAGCAGUCACUAUGAACACUCAAUUACCAAGUUCUCCACAGCCAAUGAGAAAGUCAGCAACUGAAUGGGCAAAUACGCCUAGACCUGCAAGAACUGUUGCAACGGGUUUAAAUCAGGCUAAAAGGACUAGAAAAGGGACUGGAAAAGGCCAAAAACCAGAUGAUCAGGUUCUUGCAUUGUGUUACGGUGAUGAUGCUGGAGGUGUAGACACAAAUGAGGCUCAGACGAGUGUGAAAGGUGGAAAAGGAAAAUCAAUCAAAUCGAGAAAGGCUAGUGAUGAUCAAGCACUGGUAUGUGCUGAUAGAGAUGGGGAUAAUGUUGAUGGAAAACCAGAGCCCAAAGCAGUUGCUGAAAUCGAAGUUUUCCCUCCAAAGGCAGUCUCUAUGAAUAAAGUGAGAUGGAACAUGAAUAAGGGAAGUGAGAAAUGGUUGUGCUAUGGUGGAGCAGCUGGAAUAGUGCGGUGUCAGGAGAUAUUUGCCCCUGAGUUUGAUAAGAAACUUUUAAGGAGGUAAACUCCGAGGUUUAAUUUCUGUUUGUAGAGUGGUAGGUUUGUAUAUAAUUUGGGAUACUAGUCUAUGCAAUUAUUCUGCCCUUCAGUAUUAGGUCUCCACUUCUCUUAUCUAACAUAGAAAAAAAUUUACUCCCCGACUCCCCACUCUCAAGUUGAACUGGCAAAAGUCAUGCCGUGUCGUAUUCGUGUUUGACCUCGUAUCAAUUUCGUGUUGUUCACAAAAUCUAUAAAAAACUUUGUAAAAUGUAGGAUAAUUGCGUAAUUUAACCACUUUAUCUAAACAGGUCGUGUUCGGGUUAGUUUCGUGGUGUCGAUUUUGUGUUUUCUCUCAAUAAUUUUGUGUUCGUGUUGUGUCGAUUUCGAUCGUGUUGUGUCAAAAAUUGCCAGCUCGAUUUUAGCUCCUUCAAAGGGUGUAACUUUAUCUAUAAAUUUUAUAAUGUUUAUAUAUAAAUAUAUUGAAGUAACUUUGAUCAUUUUAGGUAACUUUGCACAUGUAUGGUAAAACCGCUGCAUAUAAGUUUAAUUUAAUCUACUCUUGGUAUUAAAUGGAUUAGCCAUCUACCUAAUCAAACAAUUUUGGUAAGUGUUUUUACUUUUCCUUUUUCUUUUAACUUUUGAACAUUGUGUGUAGCUCACUUUUAAAGUUUUGUACUAUUAUAGUUUUUAUAAAUUUCUACUCCGUAUUUUUUUUUUUUUUAGAAAAUUU